UCUCUCUCUGACUCUCUCCCAGUGUUUACCAGAUAAUGGCUUUUAGAUUUUAAUUCAGUUUGCACUAAGCUCAAAUGGUUUAAUAUGGUCUCUACUCGUUACAUGGUCAAAUGCUAGAGGAGCAGCAUAUUAUUCUCCAUAUGAUGUGAAAAAUUUAAGUAAUGUAAGUGGAAGUAUUAGCUUCCCAUGUUGUGUUUGUCUUGGUUUGCCAAUUAGGAUUGGUAUGUUGUUUUUUCCACCUGAAUUCUUUGUCAUGGUUGCAAUGGCUAUAGUUUAUACAUAGAGUUAAAAAAGAAAGCACCUGUCACUUGUACACAGGCUUUUGUCAAACUGAAAAUGCACUGUCUUUGAAUUUGUCUGAUAACGUGAUAUAUAUAUAUUAUGUAGUCAUGGCUUUUGCUGUCUUGCGCAAUGAUCAUCGAUGACUAAGCUGGCCAAUUGUACCUAAGAUCCAUGAAUGUGCUGAUCACAUCACCUAGCACUGACCUGGGGCCUUCAACGUAAAUUAGCCUGAACAAGUUGCCUCAAUUAGAAAUAAGUGUCGCUUGGCCAUGUUAUCGCCUCUAAAGGACAGUGGAUCAAAAAGAAUUGCCAAGUGUUGGUCACUAUGUCAACUUACCUACCGAAAGGGGAUAUAUAAAUUCUUCUGAAUUUAUUUGAAGCAGUCAAGUUAUAAAUAUAUGCUUGGCAAUGGGGUUUAGUCCAAACAUAACAGUGUAGACAAAUAGGAAACAAAGAAAGUGGGAGCUUUUUCGGAAACAGCUCUCCUUUUAUUGUAGAAUCAAAAGCCAUUUUCUACCAACAACCUGAGUCCUCUCAUUCUUGUAAAAAAUUUCACUCAACAUGGCAAAGGAAGCCGCUGGCAAAUUGGAAUGGAGGACAAAUGUACCUGAUGAGACAUCGAAGAAACUAGAGCCAGACUAUGGCCUCGUGGGCAAAACAUGGCUAAGAUUAAAAUGUGUUAUGGGAGGACUAGUUAUGAAAGUUUGGGGUUUCUUGGAGAAGGUAUGGAAUUUAGGAGUUGCGGAGCCUAGAAAGGUCAUCCAUUGUGCCAGAGUAGGGCUGGCACUUUCCAUUGUGUCACUUUUCUACUACAUAAGGCCUUUGUAUGAUGAUUUUGGAGGGAAUGUUAUGUGGGCAGUGAUGACCGUCGUGGUUGUUUUCGAAUACACUGUAGGCGCCACAUUGUCUAAAUGCAUUAACAGAGCAACAGGAACUAUUCUUGCGGGGGCACUUGGUGUUGGUAUCCACUGGGUGGCUGAUCGGUCCGGAGAUAAGUUGAAACCCAUAGUCCUUGGGGUCUCAGUUUUUUUCUUUGCUUCAGCUGCAACCUUCUCAAGGUUCAUUCCAUCGGUUAAAGCCCGUUUUGAUUAUGGCGCUAUGAUCUUCAUCCUCACCUUCAGCUUGGUAUCAGUUUCUGCCUACCGCAUGGUAGAGUUGUUCGAGUUGGCUCAAGAUAGGUUAUCCACAGUUGCCAUUGGAGCUUCCUUGUGCAUCCUUGUAACCAUGCUCUUCUGUCCCAUCUGGGCUGGCUGUGAGCUUCACCGCCUGAUUCAUCAGAACAUGGAAAAGCUCGUGGACUCCUUGGAUGGAUGUGUGGCUCAUUACUUCAAAGACAGUGGAAAUUUGACUAUUAGUGAGGAGGAUCUCAACAAGAAGAUACAAGGAUAUAAAUGUGUGCUUAAUUCCAAGGCAACGGAGGAAUCUAUGUGCAAUUUUGCGAGAUGGGAACCAACACAUGGCCGGUUCAACUUUGGACACCCAUGGAAACAAUACCUCAAGAUUGGGGCUUCACUGCGCCGGUGCGCUUACUGCAUUGAGACUCUUAAUAGUUGCGUCGGCUCAGAUAUUGAGGCACCCCCAUGCAUAAGGAAGCAUCUUAGUGACAAGUGCUUGAAAGUCAGCUCCUAUUCUACUAAUGUCUUGAAGGAAUUGGCAAUAACAAUCAUGAAGAUGAAAAAGUCGUCCAGGAUAGAAUUCAGAGUUGCAGAGAUGAACUUCGCAGUACAAGAACUUCGGGACGCCUUGAAAUCUUUGCCUAGCCACCUUCUUGCACCCCCAUCAUCAACAGGGGAAGAAUCAACCGAAGCCAAAUCAGUGCCCAUCAAAAAAGCCGACGUACUACCUCCGAUCAUGAAGGUUCUUCCACUGAUCACGGUAGUGUCUUUGUUGGAAGAAAUUGCUGCAAGAAUAGGAGGGGUUGCUGAUGCAGUGGAAGAGCUGGCGAGCCUUGCAGAAUUCAAGCCUGCAAAGGAUCGAAAACCCAAGCAAAACCUACCUACUAACAAAAUUAUUUCAGAUAACCUUAAUCGUCAAACCAUAUAAAGGACCAACCCAGAAGUUUAAGUUGAUUGUAAUUACCCUGGCAGAAAGUUGAUAAUGAGUGUUGUUGUGUUUUACCUUGUAAAGACGCUUUUAAUAGGUUUAAAGGUUAGUUUUAUUACCUUAUAAUGUUUAUGGUUAAAUUGACCAUACUCUCUCAAUCAAGAUUAACUUACGUACUUUUGGGCCAUGGCUAACAAGAGACGCCAAAAGGGACAGGACAAACCACUGAAGAACCUGCGGGCUACGUUGUGAAAAUCUUGUUCGUUGCUGGCUUUAUCUAUUGCAUUACAGCUUGCAGUGCACCAACUCUGUUCAUGCGUACGCGCACUACAAGCCGUAGUACUCUGAUUAUUAGAAUCAAUUAGAAGUGAAUUGUAGAAAAUGCUGGAAAAUUGUCAGUUGUCACGCAUGAUAUGGUUGAAAACACGUCGUUCCAUGCAUGAAAAGAGCUAGCGACACCAAAACAGUGGGGGAAAAUUGUCAACAUGGAGAGACUUUCUCCAACUAUGCUAUUACCCACGACUCUGUCGGAAGAUCCCCUGCUUUUACCUUACGUUCAACUAGGGAUGAAGUUCUGCUAAAAAUACAUGGGAACAUGUUGCUAUUGCACGCUCUCGGGUCUAGAACUAAAAGAUUUGUUAUUAUUUGUUAUGG